UCCGAACGCUCGUGCUGCACAGGCUGACUGCGCUGAGUGCUCAUAAAACGACGUGUACAUGGCCUGGCAAUCUCCAUCUGCCAUGUCUGGGGUUGGAGGAAUGCACGGGGCUAUGGGCGAUGGCUCCAAUGGCGGACAUCCACAGGGCACAGAAUACACGCUACAGGGCGUGAUGCGGUUUCUCCAGACCGAAUGGCACCGACACGAACGCGACCGUAAUGCAUGGGAGAUCGAACGCGCCGAGAUGAAAUCUCGCAUCGGCCGGCUGGAGGGUGAGCUGCGGACGAGCAAGCGUCUUCACGAGUCUCUAGGCAAACACGUUCGAUUGAUGGAGUCAGCGCUGAAGAAAGAACGGGACAAGGUGAAGAAACUCACCAAUAACGAGACAGUGGAGGACCCUGCGGAUCCGAAGGAUAUCGCGCGGGACAGCGUGAACUUUCUGAAAGCCCAACGCUCCCCGUCCAACCGAGAUCCGGAUGCUGGCCAAGAUGACUCCAUGAACUCCAACGACUUCCGCCAGGAAGACGAGCGGGAUAAAUCACGCGUGUACCUUUCCAAGUGCGCCCAGGAAAUCGCCUACCAUGUUAUUCCUACCUCCCACCCUGCCCCGGACCUCAGUGAUCCCGAUCUAUCUAGCCAUUUCUAUGCCAACCAACAACUAUCGCAGCAGAAUUUGGAGGAGGCAUAUCUUCAACAGCAGCAGAAGGCAAACCAUAUGAUCUCGCGCGAAGUGGUCCUUCCGAAUCACCAGUCCAUGGGCGGCCAAUAUGCGGAGAACGCCGGCAUGGCUCGUGCCCAGAACCAAUAUAACCAUGCUUCUGCUCCUCGCGAUGCGGUUGACCGACGCCAGCUCGAACAGCAACAGGCCUCAGCCAAUGUUACUGAAAACCAAAAGCAGAUCUAUGAACAGGGGCUAGGUGACGAGAGGGCAGUGGGUGCGCAGUCGUCAUACGACGGCCCGGGACCUCGGGUUGCUGUCAAAGAGGAUGUGCAGCCGGAAAAGGAGGAAAGCGCGGAGGAUAUGGAUGGCUGGAAUUUUGAUGAACCCGUGGUGCAAGAAACUGUGGCCGAGCCCAUGCCGCCGCACCGUCCUGACACCGAUGCAUUCCCAAAUGCCAACUUUGUGCGUUCCAAGUCGCCUUCCAGGAGCGGGUCCCUCUCCCACCGACGGAAGAGCUCAGGCUCUCGGCGGAAAAGUGACGGUGCGGUGGACUCGCGGGACUUCGGCGCUGGAUUUGGCCAACAGGACUCCAAUUUCAAGGUUCGAUUUGCCCUCCGUGGACAUCUCGAUGUUAUCCGCUCCGUGAUCUUCACGGGUGGCGGUAGCCCAUCUGAACCGGAGAUUUGUACGUGCAGUGACGAUGGUACCAUCAAGCGGUGGAUCAUCCCUGCCACGUACGGUACGUUUGGAGCUCAGGGCCCAAGCUCGAGCAAUGAUUUGGACAUUACCAGCUACUUCACCCAUCGCGGCCAUGAAGGUGCCGUGACUUCAUUGGCGGCUUGUUCGCCGUCGCAGAACAUCUCGAACGGUGGCCGAGUCCUGGGUGAUGGAUGGAUCUUCUCCGGGGGACAAGAUGCUAGUGUGAGGGUAUGGGAACGUGGUCGGAUUGACCCCAAAGCCACUCUGGAUGGACACACUGACGCUGUGUGGGGGCUCUGCGUGCUUCCCGGGACUGCUGGCUCUGUCUUUGGUGACUCGUGCAGUCACUACGGCGGCGCAGACCGCAUCUUGUUGGCCUCUGGUGCAGCAGACGGGCGCAUUUUGAUCUGGGCCGUUAGUGCACCUCCUCUCGUCUCCUCACCCCAGGCUGGGUCGCGUCGCCAGGGCGGCAGCCGUCGUGCGAACUCAAUAUCGUCUGGGUCCAACUUCCCAUCCUCUCCGCAGCCCAGCGUGGCUACGACCACACCCUUCCAUUACACUCUCGUCCACCAUAUCCAGCGCAGCGAUUCUCCAUCUCCCACUUGUAUUAGUCCAUUGUCCCUGGCCGGGGUCAACUUCGUGGUUUCCUACACGGAUGCUUCCAUUCUCGUCUAUGAUACACGAACUGGCGAGGAAAUCGUUGGCAUGGCCAGUCUCGAAACUUACGAUGGCACGCCGUCAACCGGCGUGAAUUCUGUGGUUGCUACCACCGUGGGCUUUGAUGGUUCUGCCCACUUGGAUCCCAAUCGCACCAUGGCCGAGGAAGAGGUCGUCCAUGGGGCCACCGGAUCAAGUAGCGUGGAGGGUGUCAUAAUUAGCGGCUAUGAGGAUCGAUACAUUCGCUUCUUCGAUGCCAACAGUGGUCAAUGCACAUAUACCAUGCUCGCCCACCCGGCUGCGAUUGCCUCCCUGUCACUGUCUCCGGAUGGACGUGAACUUGUCUCGGCGGGCCAUGACGCGAGCCUACGCUUCUGGAAUCUUGAGAAGCGCAGCUGCACUCAGGAACUGACCAGCCAUCGGUUAAUGCGCGGCGAGGGGGUCUGCGCCGUUGUCUGGAGCCGUGACGGACGCUGGGUCGUCAGCGGUGGCGGAGACGGCGUGGUCAAGGUCUUCUCGAGAUGACCGGACGAUGAGAUGACAGCUCUUGUAUGAUUUUCUCCUUCUACUGUCGUGUGUAUUUCUUCAGUCUUCUCACCGUGAUAUGAUCCCAUGAAACCGGAUGAGCGAUUGGCCGGACCAGUUCUUCUCGAGCAUUUGCAACGGUGUCCCAUCCAGCUGCCUGGCAUAUGGUACUCUUCUAUGUGGUUUUUUUCUUCUUCUACAUGUGUACUUUUGACCCCAACGCUGAUAAUAUGCCGUCUUCGCGAUGAUUGCCCGGCGUACAUUUCUGAUUUGUUUCUUGUCUUUGCUUCGAUGUAUACACGACAGUGCCCUCAUCCCAUUACCGAUUCCCUCGCUUACCCUUUGAUCUCUGUUCG